CUCCUUUUGGGUACUGCACUGCAGCACUCACCCAUUUUAUGUCCAGGUUGCUACCAUAAUUUCGAUUUGCUGACGUCUUCGCCCAAUUGCGCCCGUCGGCUUCAUCCUCUCUGUGUGCUUGACAACCAUAGUGUAACUUGAUUAACAUAGCAUGGCGGACUGGGUGGAAAAGUGUCGAGCGGCCUUGCAGAGAUGUCCCCCCGGUCAUUCUGAUCGAUCAACAACUCUCAACGAUCUUGCCAACAGCCUUGCUGACCGAUUCGAGCAGCGGGGCUUCCCGUCUGACCUUGACGAGGCCAUCGAGCUCUUUCGGGCUGCACUACACCUUCGUCCCCCCGGUCAUUCUGAUCGAUCAUUGUCUCUCAACAAUCUUGCCCUCAGUCUGCAAGACAGAUUCCAGCAGCGGGACGUCCCGUCUGACCUUGACGAGGCCAUCGAGCUCCAUCGGGCUGCACUACUCCUUCGUCCCCCCGGUCAUCCACUUCGAUCAUCGUCUCUCAACAAUCUUGCAAACAGCCUUCAUGGCAGAUUCGAGCGGCGGGGCGUCCCGUCUGACCUUGACGAGGCCAUCGAGCUCUAUCGGGCUGCACUACUCCUUUGUCCCCCCGGUCAUUCACUUCGAUCAUCGUCUCUCAACAAUCUUUCCAUCAGCCUUCAAGACAGAUUCGAGCAGCGGGGUGUCCCGUCUGACCUUGACGAGGCCAUCGAGCUCCAUCGGGCUGCACUACUCCUUUGUCCCCCCGGUCAUUCACUUCGAUCAUUGUUUCUCAACAAUCUUGCCAUCAGCCUUCAAGACAGAUUCGAGCAGCGGGGUGUCCUGUCUGACCUUGACGAGGCCAUCGAGCUCCAUCGGGCUGCACUACUCCUUCGUCCCCCUGGUCAUUCUGAUCGAUCAUUUUCUCUCAACAAUCUUGCAAACAGCCUUCAUGACAGAUUCAAGCAGCGGGGCGUUCCGUCUGACCUUGACGAGGCCAUCGAGCUCCAUCGGGCUGCAUUACUCCUUUGGCCCCCUGGUCAUUCACUUCGAUCGUCGUCUCUCGACAAUCUUGCAAACAGCCUUGCUGACAGAUUCCAGCAGCGGGGCGUCCCGUCUGACCUUGACGAGUCCAUCGAGCUCCAUCGGGCUGCACUACUCCUUCGUCCCCCUGGUCAUUCUGAUCGAUCAUUGUCUCUCAACAAUCUUGCAAACAGCCUUCAUGACAGAUUCGAGCAGCGGGGCGUCCCGUCUGACCUUGACGAGUCCAUCGAGCUCCAUCGGGCUGCACUACUCCUUCGUCCCCCCGGUCAUUCUGAUCGAUCAUCGUCUCUCGACAGUCUUGCCCUCAGUCUGCAAGACAGAUUCAAGCAGCGGGGUGUCCCGUCUGACCUUGACGAGGCCAUCGAGCUCCAUCGGGCUGCAUUACUCCUUUGUCCCCCUGGUCAUUCACUUCGAUCGUCGUCUCUCGACAAUCUUGCAAACAGCCUUGCUGACAGAUUCCAGCAGCGGGGCGUCCCGUCUGACCUUGACGAGGCCAUCGAGCUCCAUCGGGCUGCACUACUCCUUCGUCCCCCCGGUCAUUCACUUCGAUCAUCGUCUCUCAACAAUCUUUCCAUCAGCCUUGUUGAGAGAUUCGAGCAGCGGGGCGUCCCGUCUGACCUUGACGAGGCCAUCGAGCUCCAUCGGGCUGCAUUACUCCUUCGUCCCCCCGGUCAUUCUGAUCGACCGACGUCUCUCAACAAUCUUGCCAUCAGCCUUCAAGACAGAUUCGAGCAGCGGGGCGUCCCGUCUGACCUUGACGAGGCCAUCGAGCUCCAUCGGGCUGCACUACUCCUUUGUCCCCCCAGUCAUUCACUUCGAUCAUUAUCUCUCAACAAUCUUGCCAUCAGCCUUAAAGACAGAUUCGAGCAGCGGGGUGUCCCGUCUGACCUUGACGAGGCCAUCGAGCUCUAUCGCGCUGCACUACUCCUUCGUCCCCCCGGUCAUUCUGAUCGAUCAUCAUCUCUCUACAAUCUUGCCAUCGGUCUUCAAGACAGAUUCAAGCAGUGGGGCACCCAGUUCGAUUUAGAUGAAGCAUUUAGACUGUAUGUGCAACUUUCCUACCUAUCUCAUGCAGUCUCGCGUACGGAUCUUACUGCUGCCAAGUCAUGGGCCACCUCUGCCGACGAGAUGAACCAUGACUCUGCAUUGCUUGCCUAUCAAACUGCAUUGAAAUUCCUAGAUCAUCAUGCUACUAUAUUGUCGACUUCUCCACGCCAUUUUGAUGUCGUCAAGAUGGCCACAGCUUCGCUCGCCAUGGACGCUUUCUCGUGCAGUGUUCGUCUUGGUGCGCUCACAACUGCUGUUGAAAUGGUGGAGCAAGGCCGUGCAGUAUUCUGGACCCAGUUGGCACGCUUACGCCCACCGCUCGAUGAACUUUCCCUGUCCGGUGACACCGGCGCAGCCUUGGAGAAAGAGUUCAAACAGCUGAGCUUUGGCCUUCGCAGCGCAUUCGAUCAGUCUAAUAAAGAUCAGUCCCCACAAAUUCGACAACUGACCAUGCAAUGGAAUGAUGUUGUCUCCCGCAUCCGCAUGCAGCCUGACUUUUCUCGGUUUCUCCUGCCCCCACUGUUUUCUGACCUCCGGAAAGCCGCUGAAGAGGGUCCGGUCAUCAUUGUCAAUGCUAGUCGGUACGGCUGUGACGCCCUAAUCGUCUCAAGCAGCCACGAUCCUGUCCACGUUCCACUUGAUAUCAUGCAGAACAAAGUCUCCGAGCUGUCCUCCGAGUUUCAGUCUGUCGCAGAGCAAUUCGGUUGUUCCAAUAAUCAACUCCAGCUCGUGGGCAUCCUACGCAAGCUCUGGCAUCAUGUCGUCGACCCCGUGGUCCAAGCCCUUAGGGUGUCAAAUGUUCACCCUGGCUCGCGUAUCUGGUGGUGUCCCACGGCUGAAUUCACUCUGCUUCCUCUACAUGCAGCAGGACCCUACGAGAGGGGGAGAGAUAACCUGUCUCAGAUUUACAUCUCCUCUUAUACCCCCACUUUGGCAACACUAGUUCGUGCGAGAAAGCGCGUUUCUCGAUAUGCGUCAACACAACAUUUUGUUGCAAUUGGUCAAGCGAAUCCGGACAGAGGGAAGGAACUCAGACAUGUCGCUCCUGAGUUAGACGCCAUAUCUCAGUGUCUUCUACCCAUCGUGUCAUCCUUCACACCACUCCGAGACGGCGACGCAACAGUGCAGGGUGCACUCGAUGCUCUAAACCAAAACCAGUGGCUCCAUCUCGCCUGCCAUGGAAUGCCGGAUCGGACACAACCGUUCGACUCUUCCUUCGCGAUGCGCGAUGGACCGUUGAUGAUCAAGGACAUCAUCCGAUCCAACUGGCAGAAUCCGGAAUUUGCAUUCUUAUCGGCCUGCCACACUACCGUGGGCGAUGAGAAGAGUCCCGACGAGUUGAUGCAUCUCGCUGCGGCAAUGCAAUUCUCCGGAUUUCGCAGUGUCAUAGGUUCCAUGUGGUCUGUUGACGACGAGGUUGCACUGCAGGUUGUGUCUCUUUUUUACCGCAAGAUGGUUGAUGACUCAGGGAGAUUGGACUGCACACGGGCUGCGGUAGCGUUGCACAAGGCUGUGAAAUCGUUGCGCAAGAAGAUUCCACUAGAGCAGCAGAUUGUAUUUGUUCACAUAGGUGUCUAG